AUGAUUGCCUGUACCACGCCGUUCCCUCGGGUCGCCAUUCUCCGAAACUAUCCUCUCGAUGUAGAAACAGAAUGGGGCCAGCAAAUGCUCGACUCCAUUGCCGGGCUCGUACGCCAGUCGCAACCGGAGGCUGCUAUCGAAUACUACGCGCCAAUAGACGGCGGGGACACGCCAGACGCGGCGUCUUUCAAUCUGGUCAUCCUCACCGGCGGCACCUGGGAUAUCACUCUACCAGAGGAGCAGUUUGACCCUUGGGUGGCCAGGACGGUCAACUGGAUCAGGCAGACGGUGCGCGAAAGCCCCAGCACGAAACUUGUCGGCAUUUGCUGGGGCCACCAGGUCAUCGCGCGAGCGUUGGGCGGAACGGUUGUGUAUGGAAAGGCUGGGACGCUGAUCGGCGUGCGAGAGAUCCAGCUGAACCACACGGGUUCGAAGGUGUUCAAAGGCUUUAAUUUCCUUCGACUGCAUAAAUUCCACAAACGCGUGGUCGAGCGCGCGCCACCGGGUUUCACCGAUCUCGCCAACGACCACGAGAUCAUGCGGUCCGACUCCGAUCGGAUCCUCACAUUCCAGGGCCAUCCUGAGAUGACGGCUAAGAUCGGUCGUGGCAUUGUAGGGCAUGGCGAUCCAUCAUACCUACCGGACCCAAGUCCCGCCGGGAUCGAGAAACUGCAUCGGGAUCUGGAGAAGGCGGAGGACGGGAAGCAAGUCUGGCCCGUGGUAAUGUCUUGGGCGUUCCCCGCGACGACCUGA